AACGUAACAUUGUAUUUGGACGGUAAAAACUACAGGAGACCAAAACCGCGUUUUGAAAAAGUGCAGGGGACAUGUCAUCCCCCCACCAGUAGUAGGCGCCGCUGAUGAAUGUCUGCUGCGAAGAAAUGCGAAGAAAAAAAGGACGACUGAGGUUGACAGGAUGAGCAGCCUCACCAGCACACCCAAAGCAGACCCCUUUCACGCUUUAUGGAAACAACUUUGGGAGUGUCAUCAAACAGGACUGCAAGAACUUGAGGAGAAAGUGAGCAAGUUGAAAAAAGAGCGCAACCUAGAUGCACAGAGACUUGAAGUAUUUUACACUCGUAACCAAGAGCUGAAGGAGCAAAACAAAGGUCUGCGGGAUGCCAUUAGUCUCUUGGAGGACAGACUCCGAGCAGGAGAAUGUGAUCGCUGUUCAGUCUUGGAGGAAAACUUAAAGAGUAGUCAACAUCAACGUGAGCAGAUUAUCAACAAGCUGAAGCAUGAAAGAAAAUGUCUUGAGGACGAAAAUGGCAAACUAUGCGCUGAGCUGCAAAAGUUAAAAAGAUGUGCUGAACCACAGGUGGCCGUCGCUGCUGAGCAGGAAGACGGCAUCAUCCCAGACUCGCCGGUUCUGGCCAGCUCGCUUCCUCCGGCCAAAAAACUGAAGAAACGUAAAAACCCUGACAAGAGCAAACACGUUCACUAUACAGAAGAGCCUUCAUUCAUAAAUAAGUCACUUUUCAAAGAUGUAAGUAAUGAAUUGGUUGGUGCUUCAAAAAAUGCUCCAAGAGUAGAGGUGCUUGUUCCCAACACGUGUGAAAUAGAUGCGUCCCAGAUUGGAGGAGAGGAAGAGAACGGGGGAGAAGUGAUAGCGGAGACAUGCGCCCUUGAACUGGUCGACAUAUGUCACAUGGAAACUCCAGAAGCUCCAAGUCAGCAAAGUGCCUCCAAAUCUUCUCGGUUGUAUGAUGUUCGUCAAAAGCCUUGUCACACAUCCUCGUCGCACCUCCUCGUCAUCCACACCCACGCCACCACGGAGAAGUCUCCAUCCCUUCUCCUUCGCGGGAAAAGGUUGACCAGAAGCGACUCUAUCUGCAGAGAGAAAUGGAAGAAGGAAGAUGGAGAACCAAAGGAGCAAAUGCCCAAAGCGGAACUAGUGGACCCAACCUGCAGAACUUUAAGCACACAAAGCUUCAAGCAGCCGCCUGACAGCAAGGUUGAAACUCCAAGCGUUGACUGCGGAAUUCCAGCUUUCAAGAAGCCAAACUCGAAACUGCUGGAGCACAGAUGGAGUCACCUCCAUGGCCACAAUGCUGCACACGGACAAACUCAACCAUGUGACGAGAGGACACAAAGGGUGGAGAACAUGUGGAGCAUUGACCCUGCACUCACCUUUUCAUUGUAUGAGAGCGAGCGAGGAGCAGAUGAGCAUGAAGAACACGGAGAACCACUUGACAGUGACUGCACUUGGGUCAGUCACAGCCUGCUUCAAGGUCGACGUGAAAGUGACCCGGAUGAAGAACACGGUGUCUCUGGAAUCGGCGAGAAGGCGAAUGACAGUCUGGAUGGAAUGUUUGACACCACCGCUCACGAGGAGUAUGUAUCUUAUAACCGCUCACAAGUUGCCAGUGAGGACGUGAAGGAAGAGGAGCAACAAGAAGAUGAAGAACAAGAGCCUUCUGAAGACUAUCCACGAGUGCACAAAGCAAAACAUCCGACGUUUGCGCACGUGGCAGUGGUUCGCAAGAAAGACGAGAGAAGAAAACUGAAGGGCACCACCUGCAAAGAAUGUGAAGUUUAUUACGCCCAUCUCCCAGAGGAGGAGAAAGAGAAGAAGCUGUCGGAAUGCUCUCGGCAUCGGCAUCGCUUCAUUCCGCCCAGCACGCCAGAACAUUUCUGGGAAGUGGGAUUCCCGUCCACUCAGACGUGCAUCGAAAGAGGUUAUAUAAGAGAGGAGAAGACCCCGUCGGCUCGUUUAAGAAGAAAACAACCUUUCACCGCUCUCUUCUCCCCAAAGAGUAGCCAGAAGGACAGCUAGACCCAAACCAAGUUAGUGUGAUCACCAAGGAACUCAUUGAUCAUCUUUCUUUGCUGCAUUGACCUCAUUAUUAUUUUCCCUUUCCAAUUUUUUAUUUACUUUGCAUAUAAGAGUGGGACAUAUUGAAUAAAAAAAAAGUCUACUGUAGUGUUGAGAUUGCUAAUUAAUCAUUUGUAUUACAGUAGUACCUCGCAUAACGUAAACCUCUUUUUACGUAAAUUCCACUGAACGCAAAGAAUUUAUGUAAAUUUUUCGCAUCGUAUUACGUAAGGAAUUCCAUAUAACGUAAAGCGUCAAGUCCGUGCAAGCGACAGAGAGACUAACAGAGUACACUUGGUGAAGCCUUCUGGCUUCACGCUCUCAUUGACUGAUUAUCGGGGCACCGCCUACGCUCUUAUCUCAUUGGCUGACUUAUCCAGCGCGUCCAUGUUUGUAUGUGCGCUCCCUUCCUCAUCGUAGUCGCCCUUAAACUAGUUCGCACGCAUUGAAAUCUCUAAAUUUCUUUACUUUUCUUUGUGUUAAAAUUACCGUAGUCAUGGGCCCUAAACCAAGUGGAAGUGAGAAGAAAAAAGGGAAAAGUUGUCGAUCGAAACAAAACAGGAAGUUAUGCAGAAAUUCUGAUGCUUCAUGCUCUCAUUGGCUGAUUAUCGGAGCACCGCCUACGCUCUCAUCUCAUUGGCUGACUAAUCCAGUGCGUCGGUGUGUUUAUGAGAGACAUGCUGCUCCCUUCCUCAUCGUAGUCGCCCUUAAACUAGUUCGCACGCAUAGAAAUCUCUUUUUAAUUUGUUUACUUUUCUUUGUGUUAAAAUGACCGGAGUCAUGGGCCCUAAACCAAGUGUCAGUGAGAAGGAAAAAAAGGGAAAAGUUGUCGAUCGAAACAAAGCAGGAAAUGGUCCAGAAGCAUGACGGUGGUAUGAAGUUAAGUGAUGUUGGUAGACUAUACGGCCGUUCCCCAUCGACCAUUAUACCUUAUUUACCUUAUUUUAUAUUGGAAUGUUACUCUACUGUGUUUAUGCUGUUUUCUUAUAUUUUCCCACCAUAUUUGGUGGAAUAUUUUGAAGGCCCAAAGGUGUGAGUUUGGGAAGAUCUUGGAACGGAUUAGGCUAUUUACAUGUAUUUUACGCUUUGUAUAACAUAAAAUCCCUAUAACAUAAAGGUUCUUGGAACGGAUUAUUUACGUUGUAGGGGCGUCUACUGUAUUUGGAUAAGAUCUUUUUUCCCUCUUUUUAAAAUAAGAGAAAAAAAUAGACUGCAUGUAAACAUUUUAUUUGGUCUGUAAAAAAUAUGAAAAUACAGCAUAUAUAUUUAGAACAGUCAUUCAGGAAGUGCAAGUUGUUGGUCCGUCCCUGUUUUUUUCUUUUUGAUUUCUUUUUUGGUGCGUUUCUCUCUCAAAAUACACCAGCACCGCCUCACUCACAUGACUGACAGCCACACUGCAACCAGACACAAUCGUUAAUAAUAAUAAUAAUAACAUAGCAUUUAGGCAAAUCUGCACCAUUUUAUAGCCAGAGGGGUCCAAAGUGACUACUGUUGUUUUAUUGGUUGUUUUAUUGAAAUACAAAAAAGAAAAAGGGAGUAAUUUUGCGACUAUUUGCAGAAUAAAGUCAUAAUGUCAAGAGAAAAAUGUUUUUUUUAUGAAAAUUUUUAAAGCAUAAUGUUGAAAUUAUUAGAAAAAAAUGUUAUGUAUAGUUUUAUUACAAGAAAAAAAUUUAGGAAAGUUGAUAUUUGUAAAAUAAAAAUAAACAGCAAAAUUGGAAAAAAGAAGUCAUUUAUUUUGUAUGUAUUAUUAAUUAAUAUUAGGAGAUUAAAGCCAUAAUAUUAAGGGGAAAAAAAAGUUGUAAUUUUAUGAGGAAAGUCAUUUAAAAAAAUAUUUUUGCAAAGUGUUUUUAUUAAUUUUGAUAAAUGAAUAAAACAAAGAAUAAAGUUAUAAUUUUGGAAAAUUUUGGUUGGUAAAGUUACAUUAUAGGGAAAUAAAUUACAAGAAAGUUAAUAUAGUUGUAAAAGUAAAAAUUUUAUAUUUUAAUAUUUUGCGAGAAUAAGGUCAAUGUUAAGAGAAGAAAGUUGUCAUUUUAUGAGAAUAAAGUCAUAAAUAUUUUUGAAGUAUAAUGUUGAAUUGUUUUUUUUUGAGAACUGAACAAAACAAAGUUGUAAUUUUUUGAAAAAUUUCAUUGGGGAAAAAAUUACAAGAAAAAGUUCUAAUUUCAUGAGGAUAAAGUUGUAAAAAAAAAAAAGUAAUUUUUGAAGCGAAAUGUUGAAAUAUUAAAGAAUCAAACACAAAAAUAUCAAAAAGAAAAUAAAAGUUGGAAUUUUUGGAAAAUUUGGUUGAGAAAAAGUGAUAUUACGAGAAAAUUAUGAGAUGAAAGUUGAUAUAUUUGUAAAAUGAAGAGCAAAAAUGGAAAAACAAGCAAAAAGGUGUAAUAUAAGGACAAAGUUCAUAGUGUAUUUUGUCACCUGUAUCACAAACCUGAGAUACAGGCUGUUUUUGUUUUUCUUGAGUAAUAUCCAAUAUACAGUAAUAUAGCAUAUUGACGCGGGGUGUUUUACAAAAUGUAAAAUAUCAAAGCGGCCCCUCCUGUGGCCUGUGAUUUUUAAGUAUCCAAUACAGUGCUUGCUAGCAAAAGUUUGGACACCCCCUGAGUUGAGCGAUUUAAAAAAAAAAAAAAAAAAAAAAAUGAUGGGGAAAUGUAAACAUGUUGAUGAUAAAAACGACAAAUGUGAUAUUUACUCACCAGAUAAUAGAUGGAGUGUUCAGGUCCAUGUAGAAAAUAAGCGGUGAAAGGAACAUGGCAGUAACCUGGGACAAUAAAACACAAAUCCCACACUUACUACCUCUUUUACCUCUUUCUACCGUAUUCUCUCAUGUUUGUGCAAAUGAAGGCUUUACCUUUGACAAAAAAAUCCACAGUGCAAAGUGCUGCAGGGACAAUCCACUUUUUAGUUUGACUGAAGCCAACAGCAGGAAAAAGCCCAGCAAGGCACUAUGGAGUAAUACAAGCAAGUCAUUAUUUCCCUCAAUAUUACUUUAUGUUGUAUUAGGGGAAAUAUCAGUUAAAAAGAACAUCUCUAACUUGUAUCUAUUACAUUGUAGGUGUAAAUAGUGCUUAGUGGUUCACCUGGCACAGCAGCCACAGCUAAAAGCGUAGGACUGAAGAGACGGGAACUCCAAGGCACUUGUGAGGUCACCUUGUGGAGGAACACAGGCCAGUUUCUCACAAAAGCAGGCACACGCCUCACGUUUCAGCAACCAUUCUAGUACAGCUUCCCAAGGGACAAUACUAUGGAAUUCACAGUCGCCUCAGUGAACCGCAGACAUCGACGCUAAUUAGACAAUAAUGGACGUCUGCUUCACUCUACCACAGCUUUUCAAAAAUAGAUUCAUAAAUCUUGCUUGUUCAUGGUGGAAGACAACCUACUAGUAAAAAAAUACGCAUACAGUAUUUAGGCAUUUUCAAGCAUAAAAAUGGCUAAAUGAAGUAAAAUACAAAUAUGUAAGGCAUUCAGAAGAGUCACUGGGUGUCAGUCAUGUUACUGUCAUGUUGGCUGAGACACACAAGCACCAGACUUGGUCGCUUUUAUUGUUGGUUUGAACAACCUCACAACAGGCACAAUAAUCCCCAACAAGGCCAUAAGCCACGCCAAACUAACACUCAACUCUGAACCCCUGACAUCACUUCCUGUCCGCCCCCUACUCGGCUUCCCUAGUACUGGAACACAUUUACAGCAGCACACGUGAGCACAUGUCUUAAUUUCUCGACUAUAUUGGGUAAAAGGAGUGUAAAGGUGAUUAUAGAGGUGUUAUUUAGAGGGCUCUAUUGUUCAAACCCGUAUUUAGAAGGUCGUAAACAGGUUUUUUUAUACUAAUAAUUUAUGAAUAAGUCCGGUCUGGAACCAAUUAACCGUGACAAAGCAGGGAUGCAUAAUGUUGAAAUGUUAAGGUGUUUUUUUCGAUUAAAAAAAUUAUGUGACGAAAAUUGAUAUAUUUGUAAAAUAAACAGCAAGAAUUGGGGAAAAAAAGGAAUCCUUUUGUGAAAAUAAAGUCAAAAUAUUAGGAGGAUGAAAUGAAUGUCAAGAGAAAUAAGUUUUAAUUUUAUGAGAAAGUCAUUUAAAAAAAAAAAAAAAAAAGGAAAAGUAAUUUUGAAAGCAUACUUCCCCCUACUCAGCUCCCCUAGCACCGGAAGACAUUGACAGGGACACAUUUACACAAACACACACGACCACGAGUCUUAUUUUGUCGACUAUAUUUGGUAAUAUGAGUGUAAGGGUGACUAUGGGGUGUUAUUUCAUGUCGAGAGGGCUCUUAUAAUGUCAAAACCUGUAUUUAGAAGGUCGUAAACAGGUUUUCUAUGCUCUUAUAUGUCCUACUUUGCAGAAAUUUACUUAUGGUCUGGAGCCAAUUCACCGCAAUAAAUGAGGGAUUACUGUACACUAUCACAGAAAUGGUUGCUGAAAUGUGAAGGGUGUACCCUUGUGAGUACAAGAAAGGUAUGACGACGUAUUACAUUUUCUUGAAGCUAAUUCUCACCUGUCGGGUGAGCAGCCAUUGCCAGCAGCAGCACGCUGGUAAAACAUGCAUAUUUUAGUCUGUUAUUCUUAUGAAGACAUCACACAAUCUUACCUGAACAAGUAGUUAACAUAUUGCUGCUCGAUGUCACUACAACAAAAAAAAGAGCAUUUUACUUUACAGGAAUGAAAUGAUGAUUAAUGGAAACGGGCUCAUGCUCACCUCAAAUUACUGGAUUUGUAGUGGAACUGAAACACCCUGUAAGUGCCUGGGGGGAGGGGGGUGGAAUGCAACAAUGCUCACAUCCCCGUGUGAAUUAGCCUUUGCAAAAGUGAGCUGAUGGAGAGACUUACCAACACAGAUGAGAUGAGCAACGGCCCACAUGUACCCGCUCAUGUCAAACUACAAAGUAGACAUUUUGUUGACAAAUGAUCACAUGGUGACAGCGGAUCUCCGCACAUUCGCCGACCAACAUUCACAGACUCGCAAAUUUGCAGAUUUUCCAUCAAAAAUAUAAAACAAAACACAUCUCAUACACCCCAAGUCGGUAAUCAUUUAUACUUAUCAUUUAUACUGUACCACUGUUUCAAAACAGCCCACCAUUUUUGCAUGUUUGUCCUUAAUGCUUCACUGAUACUUUUCUCUUCAAGCUGAGAGAUUUCCCACUUUAUCGGCCGUACUUGAAUGCAGCAUAGUUGCGGCGAGGCACAAAAAAAAGCAGCUGGCAUCGGAAGUAUUGAUAUCUCAGUAUUGAUCCGCACAUAGUAAGCACAGUCAUGGUCACGUUUAUUGAUAAUGUCGAUCCAAAAUCGGAGAACGUCAAGCUAGCAGGAGGGCCCAUAAAAAUAAGACAUUUUUGUGUGGAUCCGUUGCUUGUGAAUUUUCGGCAUUAGCUGGUAGGCGUGGAGUGCAACUUGGAAGGAAAAGCGGGGCUCUCCUGCACAGUGUACGCUGUAUAUUUACCUGUGGAUCAUAGGCAGGGAGGUUGAUGGCUGAAAACAGCAUGAGACAAACGCUGAAAGAGGGAGACGCAGAUUUUUACACGACUGAAUGAAGAUUUAUGUCUGAAUAUUUCACCUUGGGUACCAAAAAUUGAGUGUUUAUAAAUGUGUCUGUGAUACAAAGCAGGCAGCAAAAAAAACAAAAACACACCUGAUAAAUUUCAACCACUCCAUUUUCUGCAAUUAGAGAAAGGACAUUAUUUAUGGUGAGUGACUGAAAUUGCAGUAGCUAGGAAAACACAACUCUUACCUCUCUAUGAACAGCCUUGGAGAUAACGUAACUCACAACAUGAGAGGAGUUCUGCAGCGUCAAGAAGAAAGGAAUCUCCUGCACCAGAGAAAGAAAGUUCUUCAAUGAAUCCCUACAUUUAGAAGCGCCGAUGAAGAGCCGGCAUGUGACUCACUAGACGAGACAGAGCUCUGGAGCCUGCAUAGAUGUUUCCUACAAACAGCAGGGAGCCGGGGAACCAGGAGAGGGCAGCCGAUCUGGAACGUACGAUUCAAAUACAGUAUGUGGUUUCCUCAAUGCUGUAGUGGUUGACUGGACAUGAUUGUAGUGGGUCAGGUAAAGUACCUGGAGAUGCGCCUCAUUUCCACCCAGCCCAGCUUGCCAGAGAGGAGCAGCAGCGCUGCACCGAUAAAUGUCUGCCAUCUUAGACAACAUAAUGUUAAGUCAUGGAAGGACACACUAAAAAUGUCAUUCAAUUCUACGACUCACCCUUGGAAUAAAGUUGGAUAGUUGAAUUUCAUAACAGUCAGGACAAACUGAAAAAUAUAGAUGUCAGGUUACACAAAAAAGCAGCGUAAACUACAUUAUUGAUGAAAACAAUCACCUGGCCAUGAUGAUAAAUGUCAAAUGUUCAUUGUAAUAACAUUGGCUGAGAAGUGCAAAACACUUACAAUUACACCACCCGGAAGGGGAUUGUACCCCUCAUUAAAAUAUUUGAUGGACUCCUGUAGCACAUCUGUUCCUUCCAUGUGGUAAGUACCAUUUAACAACUCCAAAGACCAACCACAUGUGCUGCAAAAUCGCAUCAAGCAUCUCAAGUGUGUGCCACAAAACAUGAUUGGCAAUGCCCUCCAUUAACACCCGCCGCAACUUUAAAUGUUACCGCUUCCUGUCUGAUUCGUGUGGUACAAUCCCCUUCUGGGUGGUGUAAUUGUAAUUUGUUUUACUUUUUGGUGAAGUGUUUUGCACUUCUCGACCACCAACAUUAACCGGAAAAUAAACGUACCAACUCCUCAAAGCUGAUUGGUCCAAAUGUGUUGACUUCCUAUAACUCUGGGACUUGGUACAUUCCCCUUCCAGGUGGUCUAAUGGUCUUUUUUUAUUAUUAUUUAUUUAUUUAUUUAUUUUUACAUGUUUUGCACUUCUUGGCCACCAUUGCUUUGUGAUGUACUGUACUGUCGAUGAAAAAGCCUUUUUUUAAUAUAGUUAAUAAAAUGACAUCAUUGUUGCUUAUAUUAUCAGUCAAAUUAAUCAUAAAAUUCCAUCUGUUUCUCGUUGAUUUUAAACUUUUUCGCUGCUGCUUUUUUUUCUUUCUUGUUGAAUUAUAUUUUAGACUGUGCCGCUGGCCGCACUUUGGACACCCCUGGGUUAGAUUGUCCCGGUGUACCUAAUUAAUUGUCCCAUGAGUGUAUUUCCUGCCGUCAUUUCCUACCAAAAUAAGAGCAUCGCUGUCAGUCUGGUAUGACUCAAAGCAUUUGUGUUAAAUUUGCUCAGAUGAUGAUAAAUCAUGCUAACUCGAUUAAUUAUACGUAUGGUUGGGGUAUUCUUGCAAAAUUAACACGUUUGAAAGCCUAAUUCUCUUCAUCGGUGGAUUAUGAGGAAGUUAAAAAAAAAAAGUCCUUCGUUGUCGGUUGAAAACCUGGAGGAUAAAAAUGAAGUACUGUACACGGAAUGUUGCCUAAAACAGACAUAUCAUUCAACCAUUUGGCAUAAUAUUCAGAACUUGUGGCUCGUAUUUUACCGAUUAAUCUAAAACAAACUUGACAUCAGCACUCACCUUAUUCGUGAAAUAGGAAACGACGAAAAAGAAGCUAAAGGCGAGGCCAAUGAAAGUUCGUUUCCACUGCAUGUCGACGUGCUAAAACGCAGCAUGACUCCAGCAGUGUAACUAUUCUACUAUUACGUAGCCUGUUUGUAAACUACACACAUUUUAGCAUCGGAAACUUCCCACUUCCUUGCGCCUUCAACUGACACGUCAAGUAGGGGGUGGGCAGAUCGAUACAAACAUCGAUAGCGUGAACAGUAUCCGUAUAGAGCGAUACCAGCGUUAUGAGAGAGAGAGAUUUUAGUUUUCUUUUUUUUGCGCUCAUAUCGUUACAUUGUUGGUGUUGUUAUAUUUAUAUAUUGUUACGUUGUUUACAAACUCGGGGAAUAACACAGAAACCCAUCGUAAAUGAUAUUGUAGAUAAUUUCUCUAUUAUAAAUGUCUCAAUCUCACGGCUUGUUGAAAUAUAGCUAUAAUAGAAUGUGAUUGAACAAAAACACAAUCAGAAAAAAAUAAGAAAUGCUUAAAAAAACUAAAGUGAAGAAUUAGCAGGAGUAUUUUGUUUUUUAUAUUGGUACAUUGUCUUAUAGUGUUGAUUUUGGUAUCGAAUCGUAUAAAAAUUCUCAGUAUUGCCCACUCCUAACUUAGAGAAGUCGGUUGACAAAGAUCGUCGCUGCAUGAAGACAACUUGCCGGCAAAUUUCUCAAACCCUUUAAAUAUUGGUUAUCGGUGUAUUUCGUGAUUAUCGAGUCGUAUGUAACUACGUUUAAAUAACUGAAUUUGGCUUGUUUGAAUAUGUUCUGUCUGGGUUUAACUGUGAAAAUGUACUUGUGUUU